AUGCACUUCGCGGCAAAACAACGCACGCGCACGACACGCUCUGUCGAGCGUCUUCCAAAGAUGGCGGGCGUCCCCGAUCCGCUGGAAGAUAUGCUGUAUUCUGAAGUGGACGAAAAAGCCGUCAGUGACCUCGUGGGUUCGUUAGAGUCGGAGCUGGGCGGGCAGAGUAAGGGCCACAGCGAGGCGCGGAGGUCCGGAGCGCACGAGAGCGGAAACAGCAACUUAGGAAAAGCCCAAGCGGGAACCGCAUUGGAGGCGCGAGCGGCAGGACUGCCCAGAGUGGAGGUAAAGCAGGAGAACGGCUCCGAGAGGACACCGAGACACAACUCCGAGCCGGUCCCUGCCGCUGGCAACGCCGGCGCGCUGAUGGCGACCAACCGAGUGCAGCCAAACAGCACGUUAGUACCAAAGCCCGCUGUGCCGGGACUCGCAACUUCUCCCAACUGUUCAAGUGACGCAGCAGUUGUAGCAUCCUCAUCCUCCUCAUCCUCAUCCUCCUCAUCCUCAGCUACCGAUACUCUCCCCAGCACAAAUCACAUCGCUUCACCUGUCCGUGCCGUGUCCUCCAGAGCCCAGGUUGGUGAGAAUGGCAGCAGUGCCACUGGACCUCUGUCCUCUCCUGCUCCCACUCCUGGUGUGAACGGUGCUGUCAUUGCCUCUGCCUCUGCCUCUGGCACCACCAACAGCAGCACAUCCACUUCCAAAGGCACUAAUGGUACUUUUCUUGCUCCUAAUCAUAUACUGUCUCAGCCUGCAAGUCUAUCAACUACCCAAGCAGUCCCUGCUGGUGCCCUGCACCGACCUUCCAACAUCACGUCCAAUCCUAGUGACCCUAAACUUACAGCGCCCGUAAGCGUCGCCUCUGUCCCGGCCUCUACGCUGCCCACCUCCAGUGCGAGUUUGAUCAAAACGAACCCUCAAACCCAGAUUAAAACUAUUGUCCCGAAUCAGCUCGCUGGUUCGUCUGUAACCGUACGGCCUCCUGUAACCGUGCACUCGGGUGCCGUGAGUUCCCCGGUUCCUGUCGCCAGCACCCCGUCGGUACUGGUGAAACAAGAAGCAGGUCUGACAGCGCAGGCUGCUGGGAUGCUAAGACCUGCUGCUCCGUCUCCAGCAGCGAGCACCGUGCCUGUACGACCUGGGGUUCCUGCGGCACCUGCUCCCAGAGCGGUGGUGCCUCAGCUUACAGUCAGACCUCAACAGCAGACCACGAUUCAGUUACCACCAGGAUUCACUAUACCACAAGGAAUGGUGCUUGUCCGGACCGAAGCAGGCCAGUUGGUGUUGGUUCCUCAGCAGGUUCUGGCCCAGGCGAAGGCUCAGAAUCAGACGAAAGCGGCUUUGUCUCCUACGCCUGCGACGACCACAACCGGCGCUACCAUCCGAGUCACCACAUCUGUGCCGCAAUCGCCAGUGACCUCCCAAGCCAUCCGACCGAUUUCUCCUGCACAGGCUAAAGUGGUCCAGGCAGCCAGUCCUGCUAGCCCUGCUCUACAGAAAACCCCUUUGGUGACAGCGAGCGCUGCUCAGAAGCCCAGCGGCCCCACUGUGAUCACAACCGGAGCUCGUGUUCAAGUUCCAAAUCAGACGCUCCUGAAACCCUCACCCACUGUCACGGCACCUGCUGCACCCACCACAGGAAUCACCGGCCUCUCUCAGGAAAUGCAAGAGAAUGUGAAGAAAUGCAAGAAUUUCUUAGCAACGUUGAUCAAACUGGCAUCCCAUAAUUCCCCCUCUCCGGAAACCUCAAAGAACGUGAAGGCGCUCGUGCAGGACCUGCUGGAUGCCAAAAUUGAGCCUGAAGAAUUUACAAAUCGUCUGCAGACGGAGCUGAAGUCGUCUCCUCAGCCCUACCUCAUCCCCUUUCUGAAGAAAAGCUUGCCUGCUCUGCGGAUGACGCUGUUGAACUCGCAGCAGUCUCUGACCCAGCUCGCUCAAACCUCCUCCAGCUCUCUGACUGUGAGUGCAAUCAAGGCUCCACCCCCACGCUCCCUCACCACCACGGUGCCUGCUGUCCGCCCCACCGGUGCACAGGACCAAGCCUCCCUAAUGGCUGUGAAGAGGACAGGACCACAGACAGGUCCAGUUCGGAUGCCCGUGGUGAUCACCCAGUCGGUCCGGCCUCAAGGCGCUGUGGUGAGAGGGCCAGUGGUACAGGUGAGAGGUCCAGUGGGCAUCGCCAUCCAGGCUUCAGCCAAUCAGAAACAGAAGCUGAAUGACCCAGGAGGUGGAACUUUCAGGGAUGAUGAUGACAUCAAUGACGUGGCGUCCAUGGCGGGCGUGAACCUGAACGAAGAGAAUGCUCGUAUAUUAGCCACGGGCUCUGAGCUGGUGGGCACGCAGAUCCGCUCCUGCAAAGACGAGGCAUUCCUGCCAGCUAAUGUGCUCCACAAGCGCAUCCUCGAGAUCGCACGUGGGUUCGGUGUAACCGAGGUGAUGGCAGACGUGGUGAGUUUGGUGUCCCACGCCACCGAGGCCAGACUCCGUUCCACGCUGGAAAACGUCUCUGCUCUCGCACGACACCGCACAGAAUCCAGCAGGGAUGAAGAGCACCACGAGCAGACGUCAGACGUGAGGGCACAGCUGAAGUUCUUCGAGCAGCUGGAGAGGCUGGAGAAACAGCGCAAAGACGACGAGGAGAGAGAGAUCCUGCUGAAAGUGGCCAAAAGUCGCUCCAGGCAAGAAGACCCUGAGCAGGCUCGGCUAAAGCAGAAAGCUAAAGAGAUGCAGCAGCAGGAACUGGCACAAAUGAGACAGCGAGAUGCGAACCUCACUGCACUCGCCGCUAUAGGGCCACGCAAAAAACGUAAACCGGACUCUCCCGGGGCUUCUGGAGCAGAGGCAUCAGGAAGCUCCUCAGGCUCAGCCGGCGCCUCCUCGUCCUCCGCUCGGCAGGUGAGGCAGCGGAUAACGCGGGUCAACCUCAGGGACUUGAUCUUCUGCCUGGAGCAGGAGCGCUCCACGGCCCACUCGCUGCUGCUCUACAAGGCUCUGCUCAAGUAGAACCUGGUCCAGGCUGGAACUGCGCCUCCAUUUCUCCUCUUCCGGUGCGCAGGGUGUAAACAGCGGUCCAUCUCUGCGCUCGAACCCCAACCCUUCGCACCAUCAUUUGAUUUGCAAGGUCUUUUUCUUCCCAUGCCUCAUGCGUCUUUCUUUGUGCCUUCAGGCAAAGCUGGGACAUAAUCACUAAGAUCCUGUCUUUGCUUUAAGAGGAAUGUAUGAGGUUUUCAUGCUCCAAACACGCCUAUAUAUUCAGGAAGUGAAUGAAAGCCAUGAAGAAAGAGAAAGUCAUGGGUAAAAGCAGCAUUUAUUUCCUGUUACUGUUUAAUGCCGUCUGGGUGUUUGGUACAGGAGCCAGCAUAUAGGAAAAAACAAAACAAAAAAAAAACAUUUUUGACUUUUUUUUUUUGUGAAAGAUUUGAAUCUGUUUUGAUUUUAUGUUCAAGGAUAAAUUUCCCUUGGUGGUAUCAAGCGUGAUGGGACUCGAAGCUCAGUUUUUAACUUAAAUGCCUCAUUUGCAAUAUGGACACUGGAAGUGUGAAUGUAUAGUUUUUGGGGAUUUUUUUUUUUAAACAGUCUAACAAAUUCUUAAAUAUUUUAAUAACUUAUGACUUUUAUACCUCCAGUACAUACAUGGUUUGUUUAGAUCUGGAUUUUGUUUCAGUAAAAUUAUGCAAAUGAAGGAUCUGUGCUGUCCUUCAUCCUGUCACAUGCCGUUUUGUAAUUCAGAGACAGUAUUUUCUCACGCUCCUCCUUGUGUGUGUGUGUGUGUGUGUGUGUGUGUGUGUGUGUGUGUGAGAGUGAGUGAGAGAGAGAUGAAUGAGGAGGUGAUGGUUAAAUGUGCUGUGAAGAAUUAUGGUGUAGGAAGUGGCAUGAUGCCAUCUGUACUGAGAAGGCUGCCAUAAAUUCAUCCAAAAACGAUGACGCGUGAAAAUGAUUUUUUUUUUUUUUCAUGCUGCUUGAUGAAACCAUCUCCCUCAUCAAAUAAACUGCAGACGUAGAUCACGGCAUAGCAGGUGAUUACGAUUUGAUCUCCUCCUUUAAUCAGCCUUGCACUGGAAUUUUAAAAAAAUCCUAUUAUUGAUCAGAUAUAAAUAAUAAGGCCAUGUAGAUAAAUCCAGCAUUUCACUGACUGCUUUUGAUUUCUUUCAGAAUAAUUUAAGUGCGGUUUUAAGCUCCCUAGCAGGACACGUAGUGGGCAUGAAGUUUUUAUUAGCCUUGUCUUUGCCUUCACAAACAGUAAGCCGUUAUGCAGACAUUGGUUCAGAUGAACAUGGCCUCCGAUUCCGCUCAGUCCUCUGCAGUGAGGCUGAGGAUUGAAUUCUGUACCUGCACACGACGGAGCUCAGACAAGCGGAGUGUUUCUGGGGAGAGGGUCAGGGCUUUUGAUUAUUUGUAUGUUGUAUUGUCUAUAAAGACCAUAUAUCUAUUGUAAACUCUAUAUUUUUUGGUAAAUUUAACGAUUUUUAAAUGUUUGGCUGGUUUGAAAAAAAAGUGUUCAUCUCUAUAAAAUUUGUACUAUUUUGUAAAAGAAUAAAGUUGCUUACUU